AUGACCUCAAGGACAUAUGCUGGUAAUUCGCUGGCAUCAGCGUUAGAUGAAGAACGACUAGAAGUUCUAAGAUGGAUGAAAGAAAAUGAGGAAAAGAAGUACCGCGAGCUAUCUUUUGAUUAUGAUCCUAUCAUUCGUGAUUAUUGUUUUGUAAAACCGGGAGAUGAAGGAUUCCGAGCAAUGCCGGAAGAUAUAACUUCUUUACCUCAUUACAAGAAUCCUCCUAUUUCAAAUGAAUCUAAGAAGGAAAAAGAAAAAAGAAAUCAACAAGAGGGAAGAAAAAAGAGCAUUUUGACCGAAUUCUCGAAUCCGACUGGUACUUUGAGCGCCAAGUCCUCCGAUGUGUUGGCCUCUCCAUUAUUCUCUACUGAUCCCCCUCCAAAUACAUCGCAAAAGCGGCAUUCUAUGUCGAGUAUAUCGUCAAAGCCAACUUCACCUGGACAAUCAUAUACUGCUCUGCAUCCUCAUGUCGGGUUACAGAUGAAGAAGGCUUCUGAGUCAAGUCACCAACGAAGUGUUUCUUUUGGUAGUAUGCCCUCGUCUUCUUCUUCGCUUUCUCCUCUACAGACACCUUCUACAAGUGGAACGAGCCCUUCAUCUCCAAAGGAACCAAAGAAAUCCGAAGGCAAGUCCAAGACUGCUCCAACCUCACCGGUAACGAAGCUUUCGACCUCGCCAAAGAAUACCCCUCCAGUAAGUCCGAAUAUUCCUCAGUUUGUUGUUUCUCCUCCUUCUGUCUCUUUGGCGACUGAAGACCCCUCACCGAACAAGGAGGAGCUUGGUACCCCUUUGGGAACAGAUAAUUUGAUUGAUGAAAAUGGUGAACCACUUCAUUUAGCUCGUUCUUUACCUUCUUCGUCUUCAUCCUCCGAAGACGAUGACUUUUCGUCACAUUCAGAAGCUGAAGGAUUGCAGAGUCCCAGCAGACCUCAAGUGUCUAUUGACGAAUCUCCAAGACUUUCUCAACCAAUAGUCAACAAAAGAGGAAAAACAAGUAAAAGGAACCGUCUCAGGAAGUUGGUUGGCGCUCCCUUAUCAAAAAGUAAGUCGAAUUUUACCGAUGACUCACGUAGGAAAGGAGACACUAAUAUUUUACGCCGAUCUCGUUCUAAUCCAAAUCUUCCCACUUCGAAUGAGUUCAGAUCAGAGCCUGUGCGUCCUAAUACUAAUUUUGUAUCAACCCAUGUUGAUAAUUGGUACGGCUCUGACCAAGAGGAAAUUGAACAAGAUCUUCGAAUAGCUAAAAACUUGGAUUUGAAAAUUGGUCCAACCCGAUGGAUUCCUAGUGCCAGUCGAACAAUACGGCGAAUUCGUAGAGGAGAUUUCCACAGCGCGGCUAGUAAUUCCAAACGAAAUAGUACCUACUUUCUUACGUUAGAUUUAUCCUCCGAAAGUCUUUAUGCCGCUGAGUGGGCUGUUGGUGUUCUUUUACGAAAUGGUGAUACUCUUAUUAUAGUCGACGUGAUUGAAUGUGAUGAUCCAAAAUUAGAAAUGGAGCACAUGGAUAAAACAGUUCUCGAAAUUGAGGUGAACAUUGAGGUUAUUCAUCACGAGAAGGCGAAGCACCUAAUUGUGGAAAUGAUUGAUUAUGUGGAGCCGACUCUGGUAGUUAUGGGCAGCCGUGGACGCAGUCAUUUGAAGGGUGUGUUGCUUGGCUCUUUUAGUAACUAUUUGGUCAACAAGUCCAGUGUACCAGUCAUGGUCGCCCGUAAACGUUUGCGCAAAAAUAAGCACCGAUUCGAACGUUCAGCUCGCCUUGCCAAUAAUCUUGCCGACGCUGUAGUGGAUGAAAUAGGGCGCUAG